CUUCUCUUUCCUCCCCUCUCUCUCUCCUCCCAAUCCCCAAUCCGUCUCUCUCUCUAGAGGGCCUUAUUAGGCGAACACAGGCAUCCAGGCUAGCAGCUAGCUAGGGUUGUUGGUGCAAGCUUUCCUUUCCUCGGGUCCCUUGCACAUCAAGCCUCGAUCGCACCUCACCUCGCGCUUUCUUGACGUCCCCCAAAGCACACACAGACGCCGGGUGCCAGGUUAGUUAUUAGUUCCUCUCUCGGUUGGUGGACAGACACUAGCCAGCCAGAGAGAGAUCACGAGAUCAGGAGAGGCCGCCCAGAGCUAGAGCCAGAAGAAGAAGAAGGAGGAGAAGAGGAUGUCCAUGGCUCAUCAGGCGGCGGCCGCCGGCGGCGACACGAGGCUGACCAAGCUGUUCGUGGGGGGCCUGGCGUGGGAGACGAGCAAGGAGGGCGUGCGCGGCCACUUCGAGCGCUUCGGCGAGAUCCUCGAGGCCGUCGUCAUCGCCGACAAGGGCACCGGCAGAUCCAAGGGCUACGGAUUCGUUACCUUCCGGGAGGCGGAAGCGGCCAUGAGGGCGUGCUUGGAUCCGUACCCGGUGAUUGACGGCAGGAGGGCCAACUGUAACCUCGCCUGUCUCGGGGUCCAGAGGUCCAAGGCGCCACAAACACUGCCUUAUCUGCAACCAUGUGCUGCAGUAGGCCAUGUCCAUGGUGGAGGCAACAUCAACACGAGGGCAAUGAAAGCUGCCAUUGCUGCUGCUGGUGGUGGUGGUGCCAGCUUCGUCGACCAUGGCAUCCAGCAAGGGGUCCCUGCCGCGGCCUACAACAUGUACGGGUACUCUCCAUAUUUCUCGGACUACAGCUAUCAGCCACUGACCUAUUAUCAGGCGUACGGUGGGCUAGCCGGAGGGGCGCAGUACCAGGUCUUCAACGGUGGCGCCACCACAGCGCCAACGGCGGGGCUAGCAAUGGCUGAUCCAACCGGGCUCUACCCCUACUACCAAUAUGCACCUGCCGUGAGUGCCGCGGCUGCAUACAACAUGAUGCAGUACCCCCAGAUGUACCAGUACGCGGCGGUCGGCGCCCCGCCAGAGAGCAGCCCGACAGCAGUGUCCGGCCUCCACCAGUUCAUUGGCGCCGCUGCGUUUGAGCCUCAUACUGGCAGCCAGGCGGGAGGUAUGACACUGGCUCAGCUGACAGCUCCAGCUCUGCCGGCACCUGCGCCACAGUAUCAGUACAGGCUCGUCUCUCCCAUGCCUAUUGCAACACCAGAUCAGAAGAAGCCCUUAGCCUAGAAAACCAUGGCUGCCUUAAUUAAGUCUGCCUCUUCAUGCACCUACAUAUCUUCUUUCUUCAUUUACAUGCAUAUCUUUACACUGGAAUAUACUAACUUGCUGCCAAUGACCACCAUGGGUUUAGUGCUUCAUUGGCAAGUUAACAUGACUGAAAGUCCAAUUUUCCAUUUUGUAGUAGGCUGGUCAGGUACCUAAUUAAGGUCUUAUUACUCCUUUUUUAAAAUGCAUGCAUGUCUCAAUCUAGCAUCAUAAGCAGUUAGUCUUUCUAUAUAUAUAGUCACAAAUUAAAUAGUUAGAGUAUCUUCAGUUAGAUGUAGCAAAGGUUUUGGUGCACCUUGUGCUCUUAAGGAAGAGUGCGGGGUUAAAUAGUUAAGGGAAGUGUUUGAGUCGCUGCUGAUUUUUCAUAUGCAGCUUAUGUCUCCCAGAAAAAAAAACUUUUUCAUGGGGUGUUGCUCCAUAAGCUCAUGGAGUUGCACAAUGAGUUUAGUUAGUCAAGGAUAUUUUUAAACACAUACAUUGGGGUGUCCUUAUAUUUCUCUAUUAAUUUGGUCGUUGACUAUAGUUCCCAUCCUCGUCCCCAACACCAUGCAUACUUUGCAUCCAUAUGCAUCCUCUUCACCAACUAAGGCAGCCAUGGCGAGGCCCAAGCUCGGAUGAACACUUACAUACUUGAGACAGUGACAAUAUUAUAUUUAUUAUCAAUUCGCCGUGGAUCUUAUUAUGUAAUGGCUAUUAUGAAAUGCACAUGCAUAUAGCCUCCAUUUGAGAAGCUAAUGUGCGUACAAAUGCAUAUCUUUGGGACUUGCAACACAUUGGCACUCUUUGAACUCA